AUGAACAGCAUCAAUAAUGAUAACGUUAAAUAUAAUUGUAAUGUUGCGGGUUUAGGUGUGGAGGCCGUGGGGUGCUUCUCCCCCCCAUGUUGUGAGAGUUAUUUGUAUCAAAAUGCAUGUAAAUACACGUGGAAAAUCAGUGUCGUAGUCGGUUGCAGUCGGUUGCAGUUGCAGUCGCAGUCGGUCGCAGUCGGAGAUUUUUGCCGACACACUGGAAACAACGCAUCCCCCAGAUUGCAUGUGAUAGGCGGGGAUCUCUUUGCAAUCGAACACGGUCACAGCAAUAACAAUACUAAAUUGUUUUCGCUGCACAGAUAUUGCCGCUUAUUCCCUGCAAUAAUUCAUUCGCAAGACAGCAUGGAAUUCGCCGUACAGAUAUAUAGUAGCCCAGUGGAAGAUCUGGGGGGAAGGCGGGAUAGCCAGUGUUCUCCCGUAGUUGGUAGUAUGCGUAUAAAGUCAGUGAAAAUGAAAAAAGUUAACGUGAAGACAAUCUUAGAGAGUCGUAAUAAUUAUAAAAUUAAAAGAUAUGGCGAGUACAUGGCGAUUGUUAUCUUCAUCUAA